AAGUUGAGCAUCCACUUGCAAAAUAAGUGCCGCGGAAGCUAUAGCUUGUAAGCUAAUCUCCUCAAUAUAUCAUUUCAAGUCUCAACCACCACCGGCGGCGGCACCACCAUAAACAAAUGCAACAAACCCUCCCUCCGUCGGCCCCUCUAACCCCGAACCCAAAACUAAUUCAACUUGGACUACAAAAAUAUUUACUCCCAACCUCAUACAGUACCGUCUCCUUUGCUUUCGUUUAUAAUAUAUACCAUACGGCCACUCCUUUUAACCCCAACCCAAUCCAUCCAAUCCGCCUCUCGCUUCCCACACUUCACUAUACUCAAAAUGCAAUCUUCCCCGCAACUUCACUGCUUCAAUCCCGCCACCGUCUCCAACGCCUUCAUCUGCCCCAAACACCACCGUCUCUUCCUUCCCAUCUCCUCCGCUCAACUCAGCCUCCCGCUUCCAGAAACCACCACUUGCCGCCAUGCCCACUUAGUGGGGCCCGACCAGUGCUGCUCCGUCGUCAUCCAGUCCAUCGACGCCCCUGUCGACACCGUCUGGUCCGUGGUCCGUCGUUUCGACAAUCCCCAGGCCUACAAGCACUUCGUGAAGAGCUGCCGGGUCAUCGUGGGCGACGGCAUUCGCGUGGGGACGCUCCGCGAGGUCCGCGUGGUCUCCGGACUUCCCGCCGUGUCCAGCACCGAGCGGUUAGACAUCCUGGAUGACGAGCAGCACGUCCUCAGCUUCAGCGUCGUCGGCGGAGAUCAUCGCCUGCGGAACUACCGUUCCGUCACUACCCUGCACGCCGUCGAAACCGGGACGCUCGUCAUCGAAUCGUACGAGGUGGACGUCCCUCAGGGUAACACCAAGGAAGAGACCUGCGUCUUCGUCGACACGAUAGUGCGAUGCAAUUUGCAGUCUCUGGCUCAGAUCGCGGAGACUAUGGCCGCGAAGGACCACAAAGAGAAAUAGCGACUGUCCCGGUGAAUAUAUAUACUCAAUAUAAGUGACGAUUCCUUCUUUGUUUCUCCUUCUUUGACAUCUUAUUCGUUCUUGUCGUGCGUGCUUCGGGUCUUUUUGUUUUCCAACACGGUUCGGAUCUUGUAUGUCAGAAGACAUCCAUGACCUGAAACCCGUAUUUGGGAAUUAAUGGGUAGAUCGUUAGAAUUUUUGCAAGGCUCUCGAUCAGACGGAAAGGGUUGAAUUUGAAAGUAUAUAUCUAUAUAUGAUAAUUGAGUGA